AUGUGUUCUAAAACUAAGGACAAACCUAGCGUGCAGCAAAUAGCUGAACUAUGUUACAGCAAAUUUCGCGAUUUACCAAAAACUGGCAAACCCAGAAGCAGCCAAUGGACAGUUCUGGCCGGCAUAGUGCAAUACGACAGACGAACGCAAACCAGCAAAGUGGUUGCACUUGCUACUGGCACCAGAUGCAUUGGUGCGAGUAAGCUAUGUGCCAAAGGCUUUUUAAUAAAUGAUUCCCAUGCGGAAGUGUUGGCGCGACGAGCUUUCCUACGCUAUUUGCACAACCAGCUAUUGACGGCAAACGCGCAGAAGGAUCAGCAACAGGAUGCAGCGCAGUCAAUCUUCAGUUGGAAACCAGCGGCUGGCUGUUUUACGCUCAACGAGCAGCUUGAGUAUCACUUCCUGAGCACACAAACGCCCUGUGGAGAUGCGUGCAUUGUGGCCGACAGCGAGCCCUCGACGCUGCCAGCGAAGCGAUCGCGAUUGGACCCAAAAGCGGCUUUGCCUCUAACGACAAGCUCUACGGUAUUCACGGGCGCCAAGUUAAUAAGCCAGCAGAAAGACCAGUGUGAUGACAUGCUGCAAACGCCAGCAGCAUUGCGCACCAAACCGGGUCGUGGUGAACGCACGCUAUCCAUGUCCUGCAGCGACAAGUUGUCCCGCUGGAAUGUGCUGGGUGUUCAAGGCGCGCUUCUGGAUAUGGUUAUCGAUAAGCCCAUUUACUUUAGCAGCCUCAACUUUUGUUGUGCCGAAGCGCGUCUGGAGAGCCUGCAGCGUGCCAUUUAUCAACGCUGGCGAGGCAGAAACUGCACACUGGGACGCUACCAGCCUCAGGAGCCAUGCAUACGCAUAGAUAAUCGACUCAAAUUUGAGCAUGCGCAAUAUGCGGAAUGGCAGCCGGCGCCGAGUAGCCUUAUUUGGGCCCAGUUGCCCGAGUCGUUAAGACCCUAUGAGAUUGCAGUAGAUGGCAAGCGUCAGGGCGUCACCAAACAGAAACUGAAUACUGUACAAGCUGCUUUGGCAGUGAGUAAAUAUAGGCUGCUACUCAAUUGCUUGGACUUGUUGCACUGCUGUCAAGAGCUGCGCGAAAAGUUCGAUCUGCAUUUAAAUGAUCUCGAAACUAUAAGCUAUGCCGAGUGCAAAGCCUUGGCAAAGGAUUACCAGCUGGCCUGGCGGCAAUUAAAAUGCGAAUAUUUUGAGCAAUGGACUUGCAAACCAAAAGAGCUGCUGCAAUUCGGCAAACAGACUGCAUGACAUACGUUCAAACUAUCAU